AUGGCUGCCCAAGCUACUGCGUUCCAUCUUGUGCUGGAGAAGUUCAAAGCGAGUUUAAGCGACAAAGAAAAGAAGCAAUUUGCAGCAACCACAAUCGAUGAUCUGAGUGCCGCCAUAGAAACGAUUCAGCAGAAGCAACAGUCCGAAAAGAAACUGAGAGCCAUGAGCCAACUUGAGCGGUUUCUCGAAGGCAUGAAAGAAUAUGACAAAGUCCUGUCCGUAUUCCUUAACACCAGCACAAUCCUGGCGUUUGUUUGGGGUCCUAUGAAGCUCCUCUUACAGCGCAUUGGAGAACACAUGCCUUUACUCGCCCAAUACGAAGACUACUUUCGCAACCACCCAAGAAUGUUUCAGCUGCUAAGACUCAUAUAUGAGGACAUCCUUAACUUUCAUUGGAAAGCAAUGAAGUACUUCAAGAAACGCAUGUGGCAACAAUUCUUUCAAGCUCUUUGGAAGAGUUUCGACGCCGAGUUUUCAAACAUACUUCGCAAUUUACGUGAACAUAUGGCGUUGAUCGAAUCACAGGCGACUGUAGCACAGUUUGCUGAGAUUAUCGUUACCCGAGCAAGGGUCGAACUGGAAUUCGACAGGCAAAGAGACGAAGAAAUACACAGACGCCGCAUCAUGUGUCAUCAGUGGCUUGUAGCUGCUAAUUGUGGUGCCGAUCAAGAAACAUAUGCCCGGGUGCGGCAGGAGUAUCCGGGCACUGGACAGUGGUUCUUGCAAAAGAACCGCUUUCGCUCCUGGUUUGACCCGAACUUCUGCUCAACACCUUUACUGUGGAUGAAUGGUAUUCCGGGAGCAGCAUCUUUGGUGAUUGAGGAAGCUCAGAAGCUUCAGGAUGUACACAUUGCAUUUUUUUAUUGUCGAUAUCAAGACAAUGACAAGAGCACAUUCCUCAGAGUUGCACGUGGUAUUCUCUCCCAGUUACUGCUACAGGACGAUGGUCUGCUUUCUUAUCUCUACAACAAGAUGUCGACAAGCGGGCAAGUUACACUUUCAAAGGAAACCGUCGCCAAAGAGUUGCUGGAAAUAGCGCUGAAGGCCUUUGAGAAGCUUUACAUUGUUAUCGACGGAAUCGACGAGUGUGAAAAAGACGAGAGACACAAAAUCGUGUCGCUCUUCGAAAAGACGUGGGAAUCACUGCCCCAAGGUGACGCUGAUCAGCUUCGUUGCCUGUUUGUUAGCCAAGACGACAACAUUGCUAGGAAGGACUUUGAGAAAAUGCCAUCACUCAAAGUCACAGAGAGCGAUACACAAAGAGACAUAGUCACGUAUGUGACAGCAAAAAGCUUGCGUAUCAAGACCAAGUUCGAUUUGACAGCAGACCGGCAGCUUUUAAUCCAAGACCAAAUAAUCAAGAGCGCAGAUGUUUCCAUCAAUCUUAAUGACCAGAGUAUGGACUGGGAGCGCAACCGGUUUCGUGUCGAUUCCAAGGAAUUGUGCGGGUCGCUGGUCGAGAUACACGCUGACGGCACUGUCGUCCUUGUCCACCAUACUGCCAAGAGGUACUUAAUUGACAAGCAUUGUGUCGAUCUAGGGUCGGGCGAGGCUGCGUUGGCCCUACUAUGCCUCGGUUAUCUUGUCUUUGAAGGCUUCGACGUUGAAUAUGACGAGCUUGACAUAUCAGAACGUGUGCCUUCGGGUUAUUAUGGCUUUUUGGAUUACGCUUAUGCAUACUGGUCCCGCCAUGUGGAUGCAUACUUGCGUGUGCACGACACCAACGAGUCCACCCUACGCGAAGUGUCUGAGUCUGCAGAGGUUUUCAUGGAUAUGUAUUGGACACAACCUCAGACCAAGACAGUGGUUCCAAAAUCAUUCUUCGCACGUUGGGAGUUGUUGAAAGAUAACCGCAAUUUCGACGAGCUGGUCGUAGCAGGCUACCUCGCCCAGAGGCAACUUGUCGCAUUAAAGACGCAUGCCACAGAUGCGCAAGCACCCAAACUCUGCAACAUGCUGACCAAAGUACGCGAAUGCCUUGAGAACGUAGUUUCUCCAGCAAAUGCAACGGAAAAACUUCGACUGAUGUAUGGUAAGGAUAUCUUCAGAUGUCCCAAAGUACAUUGUGUAAGAUUCUACAGCGGCUUUUCAACUGCACAAGAGCGAGAGGAUCAUGUCCUCAAGCACGAAAGGUCCUUUUUCUGCUCUUUUCCAGGCUGCGCCAUGGCUAUACUAGGUUGCGCCACGCUGAAAGAGCUGCACAAGCAUGAAACCGAUUUUCACGGCACAUUUGAUUUUGACGAUGACGAGGCUGAAUACCCAGAUCUUCCUCCCCGGACCGUGUCGUAUGAUUGCACGCAGUGCGACGCCAAAUUCACGCGCAAUUUCAACCUCAAAAACCAUAUGCGAAGUCGCCACCAGGCUGCUGAAAGUAGACCUACCUAUGUCUGUACAACAUGUGGUAAAAGCUUUGGGAAGAAAGGCGAUUGUGACCGUCACGAGACCACCACACACUCUAGAGCCAAAUCUUUUGUCUGUGGAGGUGAGCUCAAAGAUGGUACUCCAUGGGGUUGUCGCAGAGAUGUCAACAAGCAAGUCAAGCUGGCUUGA